UGAGAUUUCAUGUUCUCAUCAAAAGAAAACAGAACUUCUCUGGUCAGCAGUUCGAGGUCAGCUCCCAUGUGGUAAACUCGGAAGUUCACCAGUUGAUGCAGGAAGUGGAAGCGGGAGCCCACAGAAGAACAGAAGGAGCUUGGUCAGCGUGGUGGGCUACUGCAUCUCACCAGCUCCGGUCAAACCGUACAAGGCUCGAAGUCUUGAAUCAAUCUGUGCGAUUCAUCUGAGCUGAAUGCGCUCGAGCAGCUUAACGUAAAGAGUCGACUCAUCAGAACGAUUCGUUGAUGAAUCGACUCACCGGAGUCUUCAGGUGGAGCUGCCGAGCCUCCUCGUCGGUGGAAGAAUAGGCCCAAUUUCUUGGCUUUUCCUGGUGUGGAAUCCAGUCACUGACCUGUGGAUAUCAGAAAGAGACAGAUGGCCAAGUCCAUUGAAAACGAUGAAUACACAGUUGACAGUCCAGAUCUGGAUGUACAUGUGGAGGGUGCGAAUUUGAAGUAUUUGGAAUUUGAUGACGACAGGCAGCGGAUGAGUGAUAUUGGAGUUAAGAUGAAGUUUCUAUGUGAUGAGAUUGAAGUGCAGCCGUACGCUAAUGACGACGGAAUGUGGAAAUCGCUCUACCAAACGCUGGAAAUAGGAAUGAAUUCCUUCAAGAACCUGUUCACACAGUCAGGGAUGUCCGAUGUCCAGCCAAUGGUGAGGUCAGAGACGGCAAGCCUGACCUCCAGAGCGAGCCCACAGAACAGCGGUGCAGAAUGGAGGUCAAGAACUGUUUGUUUAUCCUGCUCUAGUGUGAAGGCUGCUAUUCAGGACAAGACAGAAUGGAAGCUCAUUGAACCUGUCGCUAUGGCUACUCUACUAAAUGAAGACAUAAAGUACAGGAUCUCUGUUGCACCAGGGAGAUAUGAGUGCACAGUCACUGGUCUUUGUUGGGAAAACUCUGAUGAAGUUGAAAUGGAAUAUCAUUUGAGUGACUGGGAUCAUGUUCGUGAAUUUCUGGAAAAGUACAAUUUUCAGCCCUGUGGUCCGUUACUGGAUGUUACUGUCAUCUCAGGGGAGCUCACUGCUGUCCAUCUACCACACUUUCUCUGUUUAGAUUCUUUGGCUUCCUUGAGUGAUGAGAUCAGAGUUCUUCAUGUAGAAGAUGCUGGAGUCACUUUAGAGAAAUGCGAGUUGUCUUGCUUCAGUGCAAAACUGCUCCACCCCACAUUCUCCCCAAAAGGUGUCCUUGUCAGAAGUGGUUUCCCUGUGAAAGCCCACUGUGAAGUGUUGAUCUACUGCACUUCGACUGCUCACCUGACCCUUCAUGUAUACCUGGUUCCAUGCGAUUCAAAAAUAAUAGAGUCUGUACAGAAACAGGAGAGUCACAGCAUAAAGGUCCCAAAACCCAGGCCAGAUGCGUCUCUGCAGAUGAAGAAUCAUUACAUGCUGAGCACAUCCUGCUCCUCCCGAAUCAGACCACAGAAGUUAAAACUGAGAUACACCAGCCAAACCCCAAACUUUUUCGAGGUAUACGUUAAAGAUGCGAAAGAUGACUUUCAGUUGGUUUUAAUGAAUGAAGAGGGGGAAUCAGUGUGGGAAGCUGACAUGCGAUCAGAUGAAUACAGUCGAAAUCUUGGUUGUGUUGGUAUUCAUUUUGUGGACUUCCACAGAAAGAGCCUGAUUCAGAAAGUGAAACUGGUGGAACCCAUAGCAGAUGACCUUUACCCAAAAAUCAGCGAAGAGAAGUAUUCCAGAAUCAAGGAAGCUAAAACAAGCCAGGACAAAAUGAGGGUCAUCUAUGAUGAUAUACUGCUUUCAGGUGGUCAAAUGCUGAAGGAGGUUUUUUUGCAAAGUUUGCGACAAAACGAACCUGAUCUUAUUGCAGAGCUUUCCCGGUCCUAAAAAGAUGGAAUGUAAUGUAUACAGAGAAAGAGAAACAAGGUAGAGAAUUCUGAGAGCUUCUGACAUUUCUGCUUUUGUAACCCCUGAUAUUUUUUUUACAGUAUACAGUAAUGGCUUUUGGUUUGAAAAAUGCACCGUUUCAGAGACUCAUUAAUAACGUAGUAGGUGAUGUUCCUGGUUGUUCUGCUUAUUUAGAUGACUUUGUUGUAUAUUCAUCUGAUUGGGCCAGCCAUAUGGAAACUUUGCACAUACUAUUUGAAAGGUUGGUUGCUGCUUCUUUGACUCUAAAUCUUGCAAAGUGUGAGUUCGCAAAAGCCACUGUGACUUAUUUGGGAAAGCAGGUAGGCGGAGGUCAUGUUCGCCCCUUGGAAGCUAAGGUAACCGCUAUUGUCAAUUUUCCUACUCCAGCCACACGACGUGAACUGCGCCGGUUUUUGGGUAUGGCAGGGUAUUAUAGGGGGUUUUGUAGAAAUUUCUUCAUGGUUGUUGAGCCACUUACUAAAUUACUUAGCCCUUCUUUACCCUUUCAGUGGUCUUUAAAUUGUGAACAUGCUUUUCAGAGUGUGAAAGUGCUUUUAAGUGAGGCACCUGUUCUUGCUGCUCCAGAUUUUGUAAGACCAUUCCCACUGGAGGUUGAUGCCAGUGCAGUUGGUGCAGGAGCAGUAUUAUUGCAGGAGGAUAGUCAUGGUGUAGCACAUCCUGUGUGUUACUUUUCCCAGAAGUUUAAUAAACAUCAACUUAAUUUUUCUACCAUCGAAAAGGAAGCUCUAGCCUUACUUUUAGCACUUCAAGAUUUUGAUGUGUAUGUUGGAUCUAGUAGUGUGCCUGUCACAGUAUAUUCUGAUCACAACCCUUUAGUGUUCUUGUCCAGAAUGUAUAAUCAUAAUCAACGUUUGAUGAGGUGGGCUCUUUUGAUACAGGAUUCUGAACUGGAUGUUAAACACAAGAAGGGUGUUCAUAAUGUCGUGGCAGAUGCUCUUUCUCGUGUAUAAUUUUUAGGACCAUGGUUUGUUCUUGAUGGUGUAUGUCGCACAUUAAUGUUGCUCUCUUUUUUACGGGGGCGUGUUACGUGCCAGUGUUGCACGUUUGUUUGUUUUUUUUCUCAACCAGAUUAGGUGCAGCUGGGCGCGUGACACAUAAUUGUGGAUCUCCGAUGCUUGGCUGUGCUUCUCUCUCUCCUCUCCACCAAUCAGAGGGUCUGAUUCUUGCUGUGGGAUGGGUCUGGCGGAUAAAAGGAUCACCUGUGGCCGGUUAUGGAGGAGAGCAUUCAGCAUGUCAGACACUUAACGAAAGUCUGUUGUAGCGUCCUUGUAAAUGUAGGACUCUCUCUCUCUCUCUCUCUCUCUCUCUCUCUCUCUCUCUCUCUCUCUCUUUCUCUCUUUCUCUCUCUCUUUGCUUCUUUUUCCUCUUUCCAGCAUAAAGUGUGGACAGGCAAGUUGGGCACGCCUAUACGUUUGCAUGCAUUAUAGUCGCCAAACUGUCUAGACACACUAGGUAAGAGGCGAGUGCCACCCGCUGUAUUUUGGGGACAGGAAUGCCUGUAUUGGUUAGGUAGGUUAGAUUUGUUUUGUUUUGUUCAUUUCUUUGGCACCGUCCACCUUUGUGGCUUUGACUACUUUGACUUUUGACUUUUGCUGCUGCUCCUGUUGUCCCCUUCCCUUCCUGGAAAGAAGCAGGAGGAAUGGAGAGAACUGGGAGAAAAGGGAUUCCUUUCAACAUCAUAUUUGAUACUGACUAUUGAACAACUAAGCCUCUCAGAACAUUCACUUGAAACCACACCCCCAAUGUUCCUGUGUCAAAUCACAGCUGUUAGAAAAUAAAAAGCAAACAAAAAAAAA